UAAGCCAAGAAAUAAUGUAAUAUCAUUACCCUCAAGCUCAAUAUUAUCCUUAGCAAAACUAUGUAUCUCCUAUGCAAAUGGAUGUAAUAAUAAAAAAUACAUUUAGGCUGGCUUUAAUUCUGGCUUAGAUGCAUUAUCAAGAUGCCCAAGUGUAUUUAUAAAAUAACGUCCUGAUUAUUUAGAGACAUUAGGUGUUUGUGAAAAAAAAAAUGCCUAUUUCGUUUAUCAAUCUGACUCGAUGGGAAAUAAACCAGAUUUCAAGCAAUAAGCUCCAAUUUUUAAAUGCAAGGAAGAGAGCAGUUGUUGGCAGAGGAAUUGCCUUCCUGGAGCAUGUAGAGCAUUUGAUUUGAAAGUUAAAUAAUAUAAUGAACGAUAAGAUACUAACACAGUAUUUAGGAUGAGUAGAGAAUACAGAUGUACCUGUCUUUGUUUUGAGAGGUAAUUUGUUUUGAGAAUAUACUUUAUUAGACCUGAGAUGGAAGUCCAAUUGGAGAAUGGAGUAAAGAUAGGAACUAUUUGUUAUCCAUUUUUGUUUUGUGAUAAAGGUGUGGAUAUUUUGGAUGAGAAUGGUCAAAUUGUCUAUACUAUAAGAGGAAGUUGUUGUUAAUGGCCAUUUUUGGUAAAUCUGCCUUGUGAAACAUGUUAAAGGGCUAGAUUUGAUAUUAUGGAUUCUUAAGGAUAAGUAAGUAUAGAUCAAUAUGAUUUAGAAAAUAUCUGAAUUAUGGAAAGAAUCUGCAGGAUUUUGUAAUGCCUUAUGCGAUGUUGAUGCUACUAAUUUUAGACUGUUAUUUCCGAUGCAAUCAUCGAGUAGAUAGAAAGCAUUGUUGUUAGCUGCUGCUUUAUUUAUUGAUUUUAAUUAUUUUGAAGAGUCCCCUUAGGAUAAAUAAAAUAAUUAAUUUUGA